AGUCUGUCAUAAACGUUAGAUAAGGUCACCGGUACGUUGCUCGCUAGUUGCUGUAGUCGCCGACAGUAUAUUUUGUUCGUUGACCCUCCGAGGCGACUGCAUGCGCCAGCGCAAACCGCAUUACAAAUUCGGCAGUAUAUCACGAAGUAACUAAAUCUCUCUGAGAAAAGUGGUUUAAAAAUUGUAUUCUGUGAUUUUUAGUCUGAUUUGAAUAGAAACUGUACCUUAGAUGAGCUAGGCGAUACCGAUACAAUGUUUACUAAUAUGUAUAGUCUGCAGAUAUUCAUCUGCUUUUUAAUAUACGUCCUUCGUUCUGGGACACAGGCGGAACUUUUCACCGCCAUAUCAGAAGUAGAACCUUUGCUAGAAACGCAUAAGCGAAUAAUAGACGAUCUCGAUCACUAUAUACAACAGGAAGAGAAAAGACUUGCAACUUUAAAAAAGCAAUUAAAUAUUUACAAAAGGGAACAUGAGAACGCUAUGGAAGACAUUCCUAACUAUUUGGGUAACCCCAUUAACGCUUUCACCCUGAUUAAAAGACUUACAGCUGACUUGGACUAUAUCGAGCAGACCAUCAAAAUAGGAACAGAGUACAUAAAGAAUAUAACAAUGACCCAUGAAGACGUCAAGUACCCCACACUGGAGGAUCUGACAGGUGCCGCGCAAGCGCUCACGCGGCUCCAAGAAACUUACCACCUGAACGUAAGCGAACUAGCUGAGGGUGUACUCAACGGAGUCACUUAUAGUACACCAAUGAGUGCUGGAGAUUGCUUCGAGCUAGGACGAGCUCUUUACAACGAUGAAGAUUACAAGAAUGGCUUGGCUUGGAUGUUAGUUACACUCCAGAAAUAUAGGGAAGAAAAUGAAGUGUACUCUUUCAAUGAAACUAAUAUCUUAGAUUACAUUAGUUUUUCAUACUAUUUACUUGGUGAUGUAAAGAAUGCGUUGUUGUGGACAAAAAAGUUAUUAGAAUUGGAUCCCAAUCACAGUCGAGCAAAAAACAAUGUACCUCACUACCAGAAGGCUAUUGCCGCAGAAGAGGCUAAACUAGUCAAGCAAAAACGAGGGGAUGUCGGCGACGAUUCGGAACACCAGAAAGUGACUGUCACCGAAGAGUUAUCUGAAUUCGUGAAAGAAAAAAAAGUCUAUGAACAUUUAUGCAGGGGAGAAAUGGAUAUUCCUGCUGAAAUAGCUAAAAAGUUACACUGUCGUUACUUGACGGAGAAUCAUCCGUUCUUGAAACUGGCCCCCUUCAAGAUGGAGUACGCUUACUUGAAACCGGACAUUGUGAUAUUCCACGACGUCAUGAGUGACGACGAGAUCAAGUUCAUACAGGACGCUGCCAGACCUAGGUUCAAACGUGCGGUGGUGCACGAUCCACGUACCGGUAACCUGGUACCGGCGCCGUACCGUAUCAGCAAGUCGGCGUGGCUCCGUGACGAGGAGUCGCCAGUGGUGGCGCGAGUGUCGCAACGUGUGGCCGACAUUACCGGACUCAGUAUGGAUACCGCCGAGGAACUGCAGGUGGUCAACUACGGCAUCGGUGGACAUUACGAGCCUCAUUACGACUUUGCUAGGAGGGACGAAAGUGCUUUUAAAAAAUUCCAUGGAAAUAGAAUUGCCACUGUGCUAUUUUAUAUGUCCGAUGUGGCACAAGGCGGUGCAACCGUGUUCACGAAGUUGGGCGUGAGUUUGUUCCCUAUAAAGGGCGCGGCCGCGUUCUGGCUGAACCUGCACCCGUCCGGGGAGGGAGACCUGGCCACCAGGCACGCCGCCUGCCCUGUGCUCAGAGGAUCCAAGUGGGUAUCGAACAAAUGGCUUCAUCAGGGUGGACAAGAGCUGCUAAAACCGUGCAAUCUCGAAUAUCAAGGUGAAGCCGUCAUUAGGCCGAUACCGAAACCCGUUCCGAAGACCUCCAGGUAGACUAACAACUGAAAUCAGUGUGAAUGGAUAUUAAGGAUUAGUAAGAAAUUUGUUCCAUUUCGAGAUUCAAAUCUUUCAUCAAAUAUUUCUAAAACAAAGGCAAAGAAUCUCUACUUUAUCUCAAAGAAAAUAAAGUUUAUAACUAAUUAAACUUUUUUAAGCUUAAGUGACUAAUAUCGUGUUACUAUACUAUAAAUUACCCAAUAAAUAAAUUAGAUCUAGUACAUCAAGUUCAAAAUAGUUUUUUUUUUGUGAAUGUGCGUAAGAUGCUAUUUAAGUAAAUUAAAUUAAUAUUAGUGAACAACAACUCCAAUAAAGCAUUGUGUUCGUUUGUUGAGAAGUAAAUGUAUACGUAAAAUAAAUAUUAUGGAUCUUGGAAUUUUUUUUUUAGAAAAUUUGC